AUGUCGUCUGCAAACCGAGGCGCCGGCCCUACGAACAGAGGCAGUAAACGCGCAAGAGACGAUGAAGACCUUCCUUCCUCAGCGGUGCAUCCGCCGUCGAGUCCUAUGGCCUCGUCUCCUCCCAUGCUGCCCAAUGAAGAUGAUGCGGACAUGCUUGACGAUGACGAUAUCAUUCGCGAUGUGGACGAUCUAGACGAGGAUGCAGAGGAAGCUGAGGGAAUCGAUUUGUUUGCCGACGAUUUCGAGAACGACUACGCAGCUCGUGAAAACGAUGCCUAUGAAGGCCAGGGCAUCGACGAUGAAGGCGAAUACGAAGAACUCAGUCUUGCCGAGAGGCGGAAACUUGACGCGAGUCUGAACGCCCGUGACAGGGAGGCAAGACGCCGCAUGCCCGCAGCUUUUUUGCCGGACGAAGAUGACCAGGACGGCCUGGCAGGCCUGAUGGGACGCCGUCGAGUUCGGCGACACCGUUACGACGAGGAAGAUGACAUGGACAUGGUCGACGACAUCAUGAACGAGGAGUUGACGCUUGAAGCGCUCACCGACGUGAAAGCCAACACGUUGACCGACUGGGUUGCCCAGCCUCAAGUUGCCAGGACGAUUGCGCGAGAAUUCAAAUCUUUCCUGACCGAGUACACGGAUGAGCAUGGUCAUUCGGUCUACGGGGCGCGCAUUCGAACUUUGGGUGAGGUCAACGCCGAGUCCCUGGAGGUCUCUUUCGACCAUUUGGCCGAGCAAAAGGCAACGUUGGCCUAUUGGCUUGCCAACACACCAACUGAAAUGCUCAAGAUUUUCGACCAAGUCGCCAUGGAAGUAACUCUACUUCAUUACCCAGACUACGAGCGUAUCCACUCGGAGAUCCACGUCCGCAUUACCGAUGUACCUGUGCAGUACACCCUCCGCCAGCUUCGUCAGUCACAUCUCAACAGCCUUGUCCGUGUUAGCGGAGUCGUUACUCGUCGCAGUGGAGUUUUCCCUCAACUCAAGUAUGUCAAGUUUGACUGCACCAAGUGCGGUGUCACGCUUGGACCUUUCCAUCAGGAUUCCAAUGUCGAAGUCAAAAUCUCCUUCUGUCAGAACUGCCAGUCCCGCGGUCCUUUCACAGUCAACUCCGAGCGCACGGUCUACCGUAACUACCAGAAGCUUACCUUGCAGGAAUCUCCUGGAACUGUUCCGGCUGGUCGUUUGCCGCGUCACCGCGAGGUUAUCCUUCUUUGGGAUUUGAUCGAUUCCGCAAAACCUGGAGAAGAGAUUGAAGUCACGGGUAUCUACCGCAACAACUAUGAUGCUGCUCUGAACAACAAGAACGGUUUCCCUGUCUUUGCGACCAUUCUCGAGGCGAACUAUAUCGUCAAGUCUCACGACCAACUGGCAGGCUUCCGCUUGACUGAAGAUGAUGAAAAAGAGAUUCGACGAUUGUCCAAGGACCCGCGCAUCGUCGAUAAGAUCAUCGGAUCCAUUGCGCCAAGCAUCUAUGGCCAUACUGACAUCAAGACCGCUGUGGCGCUCUCGCUCUUUGGAGGUGUCAGCAAAGAGGCACCUGGUCGCCAUUCGAUUCGUGGUGAUAUCAACGUGCUUCUUCUUGGAGAUCCUGGUACCGCCAAAUCUCAAAUCUUGAAGUAUGUCGAGAAGACCGCUCAUCGUGCUGUUUUCGCAACUGGUCAGGGUGCCUCUGCGGUUGGUCUGACAGCCUCUGUUCGUCGUGAUCCUAUGACGAGCGAAUGGACUCUGGAGGGAGGCGCUCUAGUGCUUGCAGACAAGGGCACCUGCCUUAUUGACGAGUUUGACAAGAUGAAUGAUCAGGAUCGUACAUCGAUUCACGAAGCCAUGGAGCAGCAGACCAUCUCCAUCUCAAAAGCCGGUAUUGUCACGACACUUCAAGCGCGUUGUUCGAUUGUAGCUGCUGCCAAUCCAAUUGGUGGGCGCUACAACUCUACGAUUCCCUUUUCGCAAAACGUUGAGCUCACGGAGCCUAUCUUGUCUCGUUUCGACAUUUUGUGCGUUGUGCGCGACACUGUGGAUCCGUCAGAGGACGAGCGCCUUGCAAAGUUUGUUGUCAACUCCCAUGGCCGGGCGCAUCCUCUUGUUAACUCGGCCUACGGUUAUUCCGACAAAGGCAAGGCCUCACAAAACGGCGAUGAGCAAAUGGAAGUCGACGGAGACGCUCCAAGCAAGGAGGGCGAGAUUCCUCAGGAGCUUUUGAGGAAGUACAUUCUCUAUGCCCGUGAGAAGUGCCGACCCAAGCUCUACCAGAUUGAGCAAGACAAGAUUGCACGUCUGUUUGCAGACAUGCGCCGAGAGUCCACGGCAACUGGGGCCUACCCUAUCACUGUCCGUCACCUUGAGGCUAUAUUGCGCAUUGCAGAAGCCUUCUGCAAGAUGCGCCUAUCCGACUACUGUGCAUCAGUAGACAUUGACCGCGCGAUUGCUGUUGCAGUCGACUCUUUUGUUGGCUCACAGAAGGUCAGUGCAAAGAAGGCGUUAGCAAGAGCCUUUGCCAAGUAUACCCUCAACCGGCCUGGCGCUGUUCCAGCUCCAACUCGAGGCGGCAGACAGACGCAAAGAGCUGCAGCAUAG